CAGGGAAUCAUGAUCCACCACCCAAGGAAGUAUUUGCAGAAAAAAGAGAUUCCACUGUUGCCUUCCCUCAAGGGUAGUGUUGAGCCCAUUAAGCUUUCCCCAGCAGUACACAGAGUAACCUUCAGGAUUCUGGUGGAAAAAUAUCCCAAAUUCUGCUUCCUGAUGCUUCACCAUAUGGCCCUAGGGCACACACACUAAUCGAGAACAGCCCGGGGCAUCCUGUCACCCCCCACGGUACACCUGCAAACUGGCUUUUACAGCAACCCUGUCUUCCAAAUGGGUCCGUGUCUUUCUAGGCAUCGUUUGUAAUGCUAACCUGUUUGGUACUACCCAGAAAUGCUAACAUUUCUACCACUUUAAUCUAAAGAGAUUAAAUCACACUCCAUGAUACCCCUGACAACAAACAGCAUUUUAACCAGUAAUUUACGAUACAAAGAUUUUCAAUCAGGGGGCUAAGCCCUUCCCUGGUGGUUUUAAGAAACUGCCAGCCUCGAUGGAGACUCCUCCAUCAAUUCCUCAUCAUUAGAAAAGAAACAACGGAGAAAAAAAUCAUCCAAUUAAGUGACAAUUCCAAUGUUUUGUAAAUCUUAUAAUAUUUUUGCAUUUGUGAUAUGGGUUCUACACUAAAAACACAACUUGUCUAAUCUGAACGAGAUUUUUCAGGAUGUUAUCCUAUUUUGUUUGUGUCUCUUGGUUUAGUAAACUCCCAACCACUUUUUCUUCCCUCAGCCCCAACUCCCCACACACAAAAUGUUUCUCAUUAUGACCUGAGACAUUCAUUCUGACUGUAGAGGUUUUAGAUCAUUUCUUCUAGGUGUUAAUCAGUUCUGGCCAUAUGGUGAGGGUGAGGUAAUCAUUAUUACUUUACAAUGAAUGCCCUUAAUUACAUUUUCAGUAGUAAUAUUAGUCCUUCUGUUUAUUUGAGUACCUAAGAGCUGCAGGCAACGUGAUCUGAAUUACAUGGAGGACAAGCUCCAGCUGACUCUCCGUAAACUCGCAUUAGGAUUCUACUAUGCGACGACAGGAGCAGGUGGGGAUAAUGAGCUGGCAGAAGGGGCUGCCUGUCACACUGCCCGGUGGUCCCUCUUUCACCCCCACUUUGCCUCAGGCAUUUUCUACUUAGCUGUGACCUUACUUGUGGUGAUACCAAUCCAGUGGUCAGGAGAGAGGCACCCAGCCCAUGUCUGAAUCCUCCUACUGACCCUGGGGAUCCAUGCGACUUGAUCUUAGAUACUGGUGGUGAAGUGUCGCUCUCCUUGACAGCAUCCAGGAAAAGGUAAUUACCUUUGCCAAAAUGCAAGUGGAAGUUCAAAGCCUCAGCCUUGAAGAGGGUCCCUGGGGACUUCCAGGCCCCGAAUGUGAAUGUGAAGCCCUUCUGCCCAGUGGGGCAAGGCGCCGGAGUGACCUUCGCCUGAGUGGGAGGGCAGUCACUGUUUGGGUCCACUUUAGGGGUGGUCCAGGUCAAUUUAACUUGUCAUAUGCCACGGGAAGACAUAAGAAGCCAACCCCACACCAAAACAUGAACAGGGGAAUGGAAUUUAUUGCUCCUGUGUCAGCUCCCACCAAAUGCGGUGCCCUGUGGCAUUUUUUUUCUCCAGGCCCCACGGAUGCCCAGAGAUCAGUUAGAAUCAGGCCAGGCACCAGGAUGGGCUUGUCCUCAGAUCCAGUUGUUAGCACCUUGUCUUCCAAUUAUCUAGCUCUGCUAACUCUCUCUUACAAGCCUGGGAGGAGAGUGACAAGUUCAUACCUCAAUGUACGUGGGCAUGAAGUAAGAAAGCUCCAGAAUUCUGCUGAGGCCACAAGGAUUUCCAGAACUGGCAGUAGUUAAGAAUUUUGCAGAAUUGAAGAGUCACACCUGUAAAUUUGUGUAGAUUGUGAAAUCUCUUCUUGCAAGAAAAAAAGAGAAAUAGCGGGCGUUAUAGAAAUAACAGUUGAUGAAAACUUGGUAGUCUGAAGUCUGAACUUUGAACACUGGCAGACAGGCUGAUAAUUCUCUUUGAUCGUGAGCCCAAGUUCCAUGUGUACCCGCAGGAAUCUGUGCAGCAUUUGUGCACUGGUGUGGCGCCCAGGAGAGGACCACAGAGUGACAAGCCACCAGGCUCUAAAGGGAGAGGACGAUCCCCAGAGGACCUGGAUAGAGAUGUUUUCAUGACCAUUGUCUGCUGUGUGCUCCCAGUGAUGAGACUCUAGAAUUUACACCUGAAACACACAGUCAUUUAAGAUAUUAUUUGUAAUAUCUGGUAUGUCUAAGUAAAACAUGUAUUCAGUAAAACUUGCCAUGCAACUUA